AUAAGACAAGCAACUAUGCCACACACACAUAUGUCCCGCCACACUUGCGUUUUAUCCAAUAAGUCAACCAAAACGACCACCGAAAGCCCCCAUUCAACAUUCCUCACACUUUUUAUAAGUCAAAAAUCACCAUUUCAUAUCACACAUUCACAUCCCCCACCACUCACAAUCUCAAUCGCCGGCACCAUGCAACCGGAGAACACACCGGAGGCGUCACAACUGUACCGGUUUCUGGCAGAGAACGGUGUGAUUGACGUCGGGUUUCCACCAGCGAUGAUGCAGAGCUUUUGCAGCUCCUCCUCCUUUUACUAUCCCUCCAUGGAAAACUCAGUAACUACUACCGAUAAGGAGACGCCACACGAUAGAGCUCUUGCUGCGUUGAGGAAUCACAAGGAGGCUGAGAAGAGGAGGAGAGAGAGAAUCAAUUCUCAUCUUGAUAAGCUCAGGACACUCCUUCCUUGUAAUUCUAAGACGGACAAAGCGUCUUUAUUAGCGAAAGUGGUACAACGCGUGAGGGAGCUGAAGCAACAAACACUGGAAAUCACUGAACUCGAAACAGUUCCAUCGGAGACCGACGAGAUCACCGUGCUUUCUUGCGACUAUUCGAGCGAUGGACGGUUGGUAUUCAAGGCAUCGUUGUGUUGUGAGGACCGAUCCGAUCUUUUACCCGAAUUGAUUGAAAUACUGAAAUCUUUACAUCUGAAGACACUGAGAGCAGAAACGGCGACUCUCGGAGGAAGAAUCCGGAAUGUUCUUAUCGUCGCGGCGGACGGAGAUCAUACUAGUGUUGAAUCAAUCCAUUUCUUGAAGAAUGCUUUGAAGUCUUUGUUAGAGCGGUCCAGCUCUAGCGAGAGGUCUAAACGACGACGUUUGUUAGACCACAAAAUCACCAUUUAAACACAUUGAUUUCAUUUGCUUUGCAUUAAUGCUUUCUUGACGAUUUCGUUUGACUGUACUUGUUUCUGAGCUUUUAGAUUUGCAUGUCAUGUAUGUUUGAUUGUGUGUAAGAAGAAGAAAAAGCAAGAAGAAUCUAAAGAGGGUUGUACGUAUAGUGUGAUUUUACUAAGACUAGUGUUAGAAGAAAGAACAGCUUUUGUUCUUUGAGUUCCAAGAUUAUCAGGAUUUGAAUCUUAUUUUCUGCAGUUCAUCGUCAGUUUGUUUG